AUGAUGGACGUACAUCAGCUGGAACAGUUACGGCCGUUAGGCAAACUCGAGCAGGUUGCAGCAUGCUGCCAUCAUAUUGACUUCUUUAACAAUGUUGGCCUCUCAGCCCACUACAAAUUCUCCGACUCGUCUCCGGGGGUGUCCAACCUGCGUGGCCUCGUCUACGCGACAAUUGGAGCUGUGGUCCGUCAGCAUCGCAUCCUAGCUGCCAUCAUUGUCGAUGAAGACGCUCCUAGUCCUCACUUUGCCUCUCUUCCCGUGAUCGACCUCGCCAGAAGUGUAACCUUUCUCGAACGGUCUCAACCACUACCCGAGGCAGUGUCCGAAGACAAAGAGCUGGAUGCAAUUCUCGAGUAUCAGCACAACACAAACUUCAAGUCCGAGUACGGCACGUUGCCAUUCUGGCGCCUGAUCAUCCUACAAAGCCCGGGGGUGAGCAAUGAGUUCACAGCCUCUUUCAUCUAUCAUCAUGCGAUCGGUGACGGAGUGUCCGGUAUGGCUUUCCACCAUGCAUUCCGUCAGGCGCUGGAGGUAGCGUCUUCCAAUUGUCUGACUGUCGGCGAGGCUGAGAAUAUCAUUUUUGGUGAUGAGAAUGGCCCGGUGUUGCCGUCUCUGGAAGAACUACACCCCCUGCCAAUCCAGGUGCCACCUUCUCACCCUUCCGCUGCCAAUCUCAAAGAAUGGACAGGAGGCCCCGUCCACAUCCCAUGCACGUCCCGCUGGGCAUCCAUGUUUCUUUCCUCUGAUACAUCUCGUGGCUUUAUUCAAGACUGCAAGAAUAGGAACGUAACAGUGACGUCCGCCCUGACGUCCAUUGUCGCAACCAUCUUGUUUGAGAAUCUUCCAUCAGAUGUGGAGGCUGUGACCUGCAUUAUUCCCGUCAAUCUACGACCGUGGCUGAGGCUGCCUCGCCAAGUCGCCGACAGAGCCAUUGGAUCGUACUUUGAUGUCACCAGAGCGCGGAUCAGGCGCCCUGCCCGGAACUUACAGGACCAUGUCUGGUCCAGCGCUGCGCAAGUCUCGCAGACAAUCAAUAAAUAUCUCAGCAACAUCUCGCCUUCUGGAGAGCCCUAUACCUCCAUUGCAAUCUUCAAUACGAUUCCGGAUGUUUCUGCGAUGCUCAAGUCUAUGAUCGGGAAUCCUCGCGAUGCCGCCUUGGAAGUGACCAACAUCGGAGUCUUCUCGCGCGCCACCCCCUUUAAUAGGGAGGAAAUCCCUCUAUGGCAUGUCACGAAGGUGCUGCUUAGUCGGAGCUCUCCCGUUACUGGGGCUGCAAUUACCGACGGGGACAUUGCGCUUGGCUUCAGCUGGCAGGAGGGUAUUGUACCGCCUGAUUUGAUUGGCAAUGUCAGACAGGGGGUGAGGAAACACCUGGAAAGAAAGGAUAAGGGCCGAGAGUUCAGCAAUCUUGAUGACUAG